AUGUCAUCGGCACUCGUGUUUGUCAUGAUUCCAUCGCUCUCGCUCAUCUACUCGGGCCUCGGGAACCGGUCCUUUGCCCUCACCCUGUUCCGCCUCCCCAUGGUGACGGCCGCGUUCGUUGGGCUCCAGUGGGCCCUCUGGGGCUAUGCCGUCACGUUUACGGACGCAGCCCUGCCGUCCAACUGGUGGGGUGGCGAGAGCCGAGCCGCCGGCCUGAAAGACGUGCUCGGCCGGCCCGUCGGCACCGGUGACGGUCCAGGCGGCCCCUUGAUACCCGAACUGGUGUACGCGCUGUACGAGGGCAUGUUUGCGUCGUUUACGGCCGCGCUGGUGUGCGGCGGCACCAUGCACCGGGCCCGGCCGCGGCGCUUCAUCGUCUUCAUCACCCUCUGGUCGCUCCUCGUCUACGACCCAGUCGCCCGGUGGUCCUGGAGCAGCAAGGGCUGGUCCAAGCAGGUGCUCGGCACCCUCGACUUUGCUGGCGGGACGCCCGUGCACGUCGUCAGCGGCACCACGGUUGCCGCCUUUGCCGUCUUCUGCUCCAUCGAGGCGCGGGGCAGUCUGUACGUCUUUUCCGUCGACGCCGUGAAGCGGGUCGGCCGCCGAAUCAAGCACUUUUGGCACGGUGUGUGGACCGUGUUGCGCACUGCCGUCCUGCUGUGCACCUGCGGGCGUGUGGACAUGCCCAAGGCGCCCACCCCCCGGCCCCCGGCGAGCAACCAAAAGAGCUUUCCCUAUAACGUCAACUACGUCGUGCUCGGCACCGCUCUGCUGUGGUUCGGCUGGGCCGGUUUCAACGGCGGCUCGGCGCUGGCCGCCAACCUGCGGGCCGUGUCGGCCUGGGCGUCGACACACGUCGCCGCUUGCGCCGGCGGCGUCACCGGCAUGCUCUGGGUGUGGCUGAUGAAGCAGUUCCCCGAUGCCGAGGUGGCCGAGGGGGCCGAGCCGCCCGACGAGGCCGAGCGCAGCCGCGCCCAGGCCAGCCAGGCCUUUGACCGCCUCUCGGUCUGCUUCUUCUGCGACGGUGCCAUCUCGGGGCUGGUGGCCAUAACGCCCGCCGCUGGCUAUGUUCCCGUCUGGAGCGCGGCUGUCUUCGGCAUCGUGGGCGCCCUGUUCGUCAACAUCCUCAAGAAGGAAACCGAGCUGUUUCUCCGCCACGACCCGUUGCAGGUGUUUGCCGUCCACGCCGGAGGCGGCGCUAUCGGCAUGGCGCUCACCGGGCUCCUAGCCGAUGUCCAGUUGGCCGACGUGUUUGCCGGCAUGGGCUACACCUUCUUCAUGACGCUCGGCAUCCUCUACCUCAUGAAGCUCGUCGUGUACCUCUGCGGUGCGUCGCCCUGGAGCCACACGGCCGUCUACGACGACGAGAACCGCCUCGAAGACGAGUUCCAGGCCACUAUCCAGCAGCAGUGGGGCGGCGACCUGGACGCAGAAGGCCGCCCGCUCAUACGGCUCGUCCCCCCGCCCGAGCCUGGGCAGCCACAUCUCGAAGGCCCGCCGCAGCCUAAUCUCGAAAUGGACGCUCUGAUGCCGCAGGGACUCCCGCUGAGCCCGCCACGCAGCGCGACUCCGGGGAGCCAGGUGGCGCCACACGUGUGA